AUGCCACCCCAUUCAGAAGGUUCUUCAUCCCAAACUGACUCUGGAAGCCGUGAUAACAGCUCUAGCAGGGGGCCCAGCUGUGACCCCCCAUUAGCUACUGAUUUGGAUGGAGCCCACAGACCGUCCCAGAUAAUUCCCCCUCAACCUGUGCCAAGUCCCACCCCCGUGGCGGUACCCCCGGAACAGUCUUUGCCCAUGGGCCAGACUAACAACCAGACGCCAUACCAGAGCCUUGGUCGCCAGACAUCUGCUCAGCAUCUGAUCGUCACCCCACAACUUGCAGCCCAACCCUGCCCACCUGUGCUCUCUCCCACGACAGGUUCCUAUCCGCCCAAUCAGUCAGACCUGGAGCCUCCCGCUCAUUGUUUAUCAGAAGGGCAUUCCCCAUCGCCUUCUUGCCCUACUAGUCCCAGACAAGACAUUUCUUUGGUUCGAUCCCCUGACCCCUCGCCUUGGCAAAUUCAAGACGGGGGUAGGGCUACACCCCCUCUUAAGGGUCUGUCGGAAGGAUGCAUAUCAGUUUAUAGGCAAUUAGAUCUCUCCAUUGACCUCUCGCCGUACAAGAUUUCUACUGAUAAAAAGGUGCUUAGGGGCGAAUACCAGAUCCGAUCCGUAGGUAGAAGGGAUAAGAACCAUCUCACCGAUAAUAGAGUGGGCUAUUCAGGCAAUGUUUUAGAUGGAUAG